UAGUUAUUGCAUUUCGGCAAACGAACAGCAGCAGAAUAGCAAGAAAUAAAAAAUUUCAGCAGCUAAAAGUUUAAUCAUUUCUUUUUUAAUUUUUUUCUAACAACAAUUAACAUUCGUAAAAAAAAACAAAGUAUUUUUGUAAACAAAGUAUUUUUGCAUCAAAAGCGUUAACUUAGUAGCAGAUGUUAAAUAAAUUAAAAUAUUAAAUGUCAAAGAAUAGAAAAAUAAAAUAUUAAAAUUCUACGGUGGCUGUAGGAGAAAAAAAUCUAUAGUAAAAAAUUUUCUUGGGUGAAAAAAAAAUUGCCAAACCCCUCUGGAAUUGUGUGAAAACCGAAAAAAGCAGGAAAGGAAAAAUACUUUAAAAGUGGAAAAAAGGGAAGGUGCAAAUAAAAUACAGAAAAUAAAAGCAACAAAAAAAAUAAAUAAAGCAAAAGAACAACUGGUUUUCAUAAAGGCAGCUUGCUUAGGUUACAAGCAUAUUUCCCACAAUAUUAACUCAAACUAAACAAGAAUAAAAACUUUUAUUCAUUAAAACCAAACGCUUGAAAGUUGUUUAAACACUCGCCUGCUUACAAAACAGUUUUUACCCACGCCAAACAGUUUUGUUAUAAGUUUUAAAUUAUUUUGCCACAAGGAUUUCCUUGUUCUCGCUGUUAAAUUGCAUUUAAAUUACCAAUUUUUAUAAGCAAAAUAUCGCAACAAAAACUUUCUUUGGAUUUAGAAGAAGACAUGGAAAUUGAUCCAUCACCAGUACCGCCACCUCAAGAAUAUUCGGAUAAUCCUGCCAUACCUUAUCAAUCCGAAUCAUCUAUGAAUUUUGAUUAUUUACAUAGUUUACAUGCCGAUUCGGCCAUGGAUUCCAGCAAUAGUGUCGGCUCAUCGUCGCGUAUAAAAGGUGUUAACUCACCACGGCAUUUUGCCGGUGUGGGUGUCAAUUCAGCGUCAUCUUCAACAACUAACUAUGGCCAGGUUGACGAUAGUCGUGUGGUUGACAGACCUUUCAAUUUGAAUGAAAGAUUUGUUACUGUUUUGGAUCAACUGGAUGCUCGGGUGGAAAAAUUCCGUAAAGAUGCCUUGGGUUUACAGGAGAAACGUGAUUUCUUACUAAUGUCCAUUGAUUUGAUUAAAAGCAACGAUUUAAUGCAAAAUUUAACAGAAUCUGAACGUGAAGAAAUUUCUUGUUAUAUACAACGUGUUAACUCACGUCUUUCCACCGUUGAACUAAACGUACGCACUGUACGUGAUCAAUCCCAGGAGGAUUCACUCAGUCAAAUUAACGUACUCAUCGAUAUGAUGAUUACAAUGGGCGAUCCAGUAUUAUCACGACAACGUUGUCAAAUGUACUUGAAUGCCUGCUGUAGUGCAAGAGAAUCCGGCAAUUUACCCUCGUGCAAUGAGUCGGGCCUUGAUAUGGAUGCUGGACCCAUUGAUAAGAAAUUUGAAAGUGUAUUGCUGGGCUGUACUUUAGAUGAUCAAAAGAAUAUUAAGAAACGUUUGCAGGCUUUAAUGGGUUACCUUAAUAAACAAAUCAUACAUCAUUGAAAUAAAUAGCGAAAAGAAAACCAAAAAA